AAAUAACCCCUGGUCGCUCACUAAUUCCAAAAGAUCACUGUGGAACACCGGGAACGAAACUCGCGGGCACAUUCCCGCGAACGCGCUAGAAUUCUCGCGCCAUGAGUCCGUCGAGUGGAGCGGAGCCGCGUACGCACGAAAAAAUUUGUCUUAUCGUUCGAGUCGAAAGCAGCCUCACACAAGGGAUCCGCCUAAAACUGUGUUGUUAUCGUGCUGCGCAGUCCGAGCGCGGGUAGCAUUGGGCGAGGGCGAGGGGAGCGACGAUUGGUCGUCCCGGCGGCAGGGGAAACGCUGAUUGUUGCGAAAAGUGGGGGUAGCGUUCCACCGGCAGUUCGCAUUCGGCUGUCGCGCGCGACGCGUCUCGUUCAUCGUCGUGCUCCCUCUCGCCGUGCGUUUCUCCUUUAUUCGCGAAAACCCGAUACUCGCGCGACGAACGCUCGGUAUACGCAUCCCACCCGUUAAUUACGCACGAUCGGAAGUUACCCGUAAAGUGUACCGUGACGUGCGUGCUCGACUCGGUAUCGCCGAGUCCCGAGUGCCGUUUUUAACUCGCGCGAAACUGGAUCCGCGUUUGUCCAUCGUAAAAAUAGCGGAUAAUCUCGGAACGGGCGCGAAGCCGAAGUUUGAUCGCGGAAUUUCGCGAUCGGCUCGGACGGCCCGAUAGAAACUAACACCCGUGACAGUGGAACGCACAGUCCACGGGUAUAUUCACCGUUCCGAGAGACAUUUGGGACAGUGUGUCAAGGCCAGAGACUCGUCGAACAAACGUCGCGACUCCGAAUCCCGGUUUUAUCGCGUCCCGCGCACCAUGUAACGGAACGCCGAAGAGGAGGAACCGUCGUGUGCAUCCCGUGCCGCGGGGCUUGGAUCGCAUCGACCGGACGCAAGCUCGAGAUAAAAGGUCCGUCGAUCGAUGCCCUCUCGCGAUCACGAUGUCAAGGUCAGCGAUCCGUCGCCGGCCCGAAACAAACCUUCGACGUACGUGACAUUUCGCGGAUCGUGACGGAAGAUCGGUGUUUCGCUCGCGAAAGAGGUUGUUAACCUGUUGAUCGUCGUUGCCUGUGGGCGGCGGACGCCUAUGGGCGUUUUGGAAGCGCGUGUACACUCGAUGCGCGAAUAGCUAGUCUUGCGUCGGAGUCAAAAACGAGGACUAACGCUAUCGGAACUCUACCUUCGUUCAAUUACCGUGGUUUCCGCGGACACGGUGUUUUCGUACUUAUCGAGGUGACUUAAGGAAAUUCACCUUUUUCUGAUCGCUCUUUGUUCACGAGAAACUCGUUGAACGUUCGAAGGAUUUUUGACCAAGUGCGCGUUCGAACAGAAACGACGAAAAGUGAAGCGUCCCUUGCUCUCCGUUCCUACGUGUUCCUCCCCUCCAGUUGCUGUUUUCGGCAAACGUCUGUUCCUGUCGUUGGCGCUAGAGAUAGAGAGACGUUUCUUUUAUCUGUCUGCGGAGAAACGAUCGAACGAGCAAGAUUAACCAGCGACCUGGCUAAUUUUAAUUCGCGCAGCAAACAAGCCUCGAAGUUGUCCGGGCGAUAAGGGGGCAGACGUUGCGGGCCACGAUGUCAAACGCCGUUCGUCGACGUUUUCGCGCGGUUCACCAAUAUGGCGAACGACGCUGAGGGCCAGCGCCUCGGUUGGAGCGUCUAGACGUCGUCCCGGAUACAGACGUUCGCGUAUCGGGCCGUUGUUCGUCCAGUUGGGUGCCGGACGAUUUAUUCCAACGGUCGUGGUUUCGUGGCGAAUCGUCCAAGCGCGACUUGGGGUCCAGUAUGACAUCCAGUGAUGAUCUAUCGCGCGCGAACCUCUUCGACUACGAUCGUACCGAGAAAUUGGGACGUCAGUGGGUUCGCCGGUUCGUCCUUGGUUGAAACGAAGUGGUUUCGAUAAAUGAGUCGUGUUUGAGAGAAAAAAGAAUCAAAAUGUGGAUGAAGCAACAGGAACAAGUGUACCUGCAUCCCCAGCAGCAGAGCCUGCACCCGGGGAUCAUCGGGACGGUCGAACGGACGCAUUAUCAUCAUCAUCAUGAUCAUCAUCGAUCCACCGCCAUGGAUUUGCCUGGUCCAAGCAAUCCAAGAGCGGCGCGUAACAUGGCGGAGAAACAGCGCCGGGACAAUCACAAUACCAACAUCAUGGCAAUGGGAAAGCUCCUGCCUAUUGUCGCCGAGAGUCCGAGGAAGAUGGACAAAAUAUCCAUCCUGAGACUGGCCACCGCCUUCCUCAGGUCCCAUUACACGCUCGGAUACGGCAAGAUAGACUUUCUACCUCGGGAGCUCGCCAAAAUGGACUUGGAGCAGUACAUCGUCGACAACUUGAUCGAAAGCGGUGGCUUCUUUAUCGUGGUCACCACUACGGGGAAAAUCGUUUACGUCAGCAUGCAGGUCCAGGAGCACCUUGGUCACACUCAGGCGGACCUGCUGGGCCACUCUCUGUACAACUUUGUCCACCCCAAAGACCACGACGAGCUCACGAAGAACCUGGUCCCGGACGAGAUGCAGGGUGCGGUGUCGUCGUCGUUGGCUCAGAUCACCGACUCCGCGAACGACAACUCCAGCUCCUCCGAGGACUCGGCGUCCCUAAGGAACGAGAGGAAGCCGUUCAGGGAGCAGAGACGGAGCUUCCAGCUGAGGAUGCUCCACCGAACGGCCUCCAGGCGCGAGCACGCCCAGUACGAGUGCAUCGAGAUCUCGGGGAUGCUCAGGCUCGCUGACACUUGCAAGAACCUCGAGUUGAACGGGAGCCGAACGAGAUACAAAGAGGUCGGUUCGACCAGCAACGACAUCAUUUUCGUGGGUGUAGCACGGUUACUGAUGAAGCGUCCCAUCACCGAAAUAUCGAUAAUAGACGCGAAUAAAGACGAGUACGUCACGCGUCACUUGGUGGACGGCAGAAUCAUUUACUGCGACCACAGGGUGUCCGUGGUGGCCGGCUAUUUAUCGGAGGAAGUCUCGGGUUUGAGCGCCUUCGGUUUCAUGCACAAGGACGAUUUCAGGUGGACGAUGAUCGCGCUUCGCCAGAUGUACGAUCGCGCGGAGACCUGUGGAUCAUCCUGUUACAGGCUACUGUCCAAACCGGGGGAAUUUAUUUAUUUACGCACACACGGCUAUUUAGAGUUCGACAAGGACACGCAGACCGUCGAAUCUUUCGUCUGCAUCAACACGUUGGUCUCGGAGGAGGAAGGUAUCCAACUGGUGAAGCAAAUGAAGAAAAGAUACUCGGCGACGGUGUCCGAUACUAGAAUCGCGAUGAUCCAGGACAAAGACGAUGUAUCCAUCGAAAUGGGUACGGACUCGCAGCAAUCAAAUUCCAAGAGCAGCGUGGGAGACCCCUCCCAGGUGGAAGACGCCGUCACGCACCUGGUUAGCGACCUAUCGUCGUCGUCGGUCUCGGAAAAUUCCCUCACGGCGACGCCUGUACCGAACGAACAAUUCGUGAAGGCUGCCAUAGUUUCGCAGCACUUGCCUCCGGCGGCUGCGCAAGCCAGCAAAAUCGGCAUAAAGAAGAUCGACCAUUACUUGGUGGUGCAAGGGAAAGGGAAUCGGACUCCCAAGCAAGAGCAGAAAGCGGUUACCAGUGGGAAACAGAUUCACGAAGAGGGGAAUUCCAGGCCUUCGGGGAAGUCGUUACCGAUCGGUUCACCGCGCGAUGCUCACGACGACGGAAAAGACAAGACGGACGAAACGACACCAGGGCAAGUCGGUAGCAUGAUCGUUCCGAAUGAUUUAAGCGUGGAGCCAUGCGUGAACGUUCCACAUAUACCUGGAACGUCUCGUUUGGACGAUCCUCUGAGCAUAGAGACGCUGAAUCCCGCGGAGAUCGAGGAGUCUAUCAUAAACGUCUCGAGUACCCUCCCGCUGUGCGACGAUAUUCCGUGCGACAUCAAAGUUGAGAACGUCAUGGACGUUUUCGAUCACGCGCAGGACCCCCUGAUCGAAUACCCGGAGAGCGUACCCCUAGUCGACGAUAGUAUAGUCACCGAUUCGAGAUCAAGCCACCAGUACCCGUUGAAAAGGAUAUACAGCGACGAAGACGUUAGGACAAUUUGCAAUAAGAAGAGACACAUUAUCGAUCCUUACACGAGGCCUGACACGAACGACGAGGAGCAGAACGUUCCAUAUUGUAGGCCGUACGGUACCGAGGAGUUUCCAGAAAUCACGUCCAACUACAGCCAGUACAACAACAUGAAUUCGCAGUUGCUGAGGAUCGCAGAGUCACCGAAUUCUACCUUGGACGAGCUAACCGUUGACUACCAGGAAGUCGAUCCAGAUCUAAUAGUGAAAAUGAUUUUUGAAAAUACCUUCAACGAUGCGAAAGUGCAAAUAGCGGAUCACAAUCAGGCGAUCAAUAAGGAAAUAAGGAGGACGCAUCUUAAACUUAAGAACAGCAUGGCGUUACAGGAGUCGCAGUUAGACGUCCUGGCACGGGACCUGAAGAACCCAGCGUUGCAAGCACAAAGAGGAAGCUUAACGCCGUUACAGGCAGAGCAUAACAGGCAAAAACAAAUGCUCGAGUCGCUGCAACAAGACCACCAUAAUAUUCAGAUGAACAUAAAGCAGAAUAUCGGAGUGUAAAGAUGGUCAGAGAUACGUGAGACAUAAAGUUUUAAUGAACGUAAUGAAGGAGCCCUUCGCGAGAUAUUUAAUGGAAACACUGCUUCGUGAAAAUCACAUGCCAGAGAAAUCAGUGUACACGAAGGGACUGAAAACACCACCUGGUGAUGCGCGACUGCGCAUUGAAUAUACCGGUGAGGUUUGUCGUAACUCGUUCCUUUCCAAAUACCAGUGAUACAAUGGCAAAGUGGGAAACGACUGGUAGUCACAUCGACAAUCGACGACGUUCUAUCAGCGUUGAUCUGUAUCGUUCUACGGCUCAUCAAGCGAGAGAUAACGGUGUUUAUCCGAGAUUGGUGGGGCUGAAAUAGAACGCCGAUCAAGAGAACUUCGGUGUUCUCGCGUUGAAGAAAAGAAGAGGCACGUCGUGUGAGUAAAGUAUACACGAGAUAAUCAACGGGUAUACUCCGUGCUGUACACACGUAAACUACUCUGUUAAAUCCGAAUUAUGAACGUUGUACAUACAUACCUAGACCCUCAUGUUUGGCGGAAAUAUGAACGAUCAUAUGAUUCCGAUAACUGCGCGAGCAUCCAUAACGAAAGCGGUGUUGUAAAUGACGGGCGCGUGCGUUUUACAUUUUUCAAAGGUCCAAUGUUGCGAAAUUUAAAGAUUUUAUCAUACCAAACUUGUAAAUAGUGUGGACUCAAUUUUAAAUGGCCCCGCUAUUCGUUUAACCCUCAGGGCCGUUUUGUUCGGCCACUGCUUGGCGAAAACAAUUUCCACGUCGAAUAGAUCACGGUAUAUAAACAUAUAUAUCGGAUGGAUACAGCACCAGUUCUGUUUAAAUUCUGUUCGUUGUAGGACGCCACUUGCAACGACAAAGAACAACAGAACGCUCACCGAGUUCGAUUCGAAUUUUACUAGCGAAAACGAGCUGACAGUACAAAAUUUCUUUUACGAAUAAAAUAUACGCUUUUGCGAGAAAAGGCGUUAAACAGAAUGCUAGGUACGCAAUCGUAUCGAGAUUUUAUUGUUGUUACGCGAUAACGAUAACGAUAAAACAUUUACCGUGAAUGUCGCAAAACUUAUGUAAUAUUAUUCAUUUGUUUUUCUACCCCGGAAGGAAACUCAAACUUAAAUGAAGCGCGCGGACUGCUUAUUUCUAUGUAUGCAAUUACAUAUUCACUAUUCGCGACAUAAACAUGCGCUUUCGAGCAUUUUACACGUAUCGAUUUGUUAUUUGUACAAAUUUUUUACUUCGAGAAAUUUUAUGUUGGACGUGAAAACAAAAUUAUCGACACUUUUUAACGUGAAAUCGACACGAUCGAUUCCUAUCGCGUGCAUAAAUAAAUAUUAUAUCUCGUGUUUGUAAUCGUUCUGUUAUGGAGAACUUUUUUUUUUUUUUAAGACUUUACUGGCCUCGUUAUCCACCCAAUAUUAUGUUACUUUAUAUUACUUUAUUAAUAAUGGUUAAGCGUUUAGUAUCUAUCGAUGAGUAGCAUAAUAAUGUUCGCGAUCGGUUCGUGUGCAAUUAUUAUCAUAUAAUAAAUGCGCAUAAGUCGAUCACCUUUUAAGGGACGGUUGACAAAAUACACGAAUAAGCAUAAUCGAGCAAAUGAAUUUGCGAUUCGAUAUAAAAUAAGAAAAAAAAAGAAAAAAAAAGAAGAGAUGUUAAAAUAUACAGGAUGGAAUUAUGCGCAUGAUAAAAA